AGCGGACGCAACGGAUGAACGCCCUGCUACUUCCAGCCCCAGUUACCCGCGGUGUCCGUGUCCGUGUCCCCGUCCUGCCAUUCUUGUCUGGUCUGGUGCUUCGUGUAAACCCCAGAUUCUCGACUAUCACGACCGCCGAUCGUCAAUUGUUACAUGCAGGCGCCGCUGCAGGACGGGAUGAGUUUCUUUUCCUGAAUGCGACGUCGACGGGGAUCGGCGCCGGACCGCCUCCGGUCUUGUCAGUCAGGGCCCAGGGAUUUAAAUACUGUUGCAUAUUGCCGCCAAUUUGUCUGCUACACACCUAACUAAUUUGGAGGACAAGGGCACUCACUGCACGGCGGUUCUACAAAAGUCAAUUAACCGCGCUUCCCCUCUCCAUUCACCCAGGAGCGCACCGACAUCGACGGGCCGCAGACUCGACACAGGAUGAAGUCUCAGAUUGCGCUUACGGCCGUCGGGCUGGUUGGCGGUGCCGCCGCCGCCGGCUCCGAGCCUCUGCUGCCUCUCCCUCCCAUGGGCUUCAACAACUGGGCCCGCUUCAUGACCAACAUCACCGAGGGAAUCUUCGUCGACGCCGCCGAGGCUCUCGUCAAGACUGGUCUUCGCGACGUUGGCUACAAUCGCCUCAACCUCGACGAUGCCUGGUCGACCAUGGCGCGUGCCGCCAACGGCUCCAUGGUCUGGGACACCAAGAAGUUUCCCAAGGGCCUGCCGUGGCUUACCUCGUACAUGAAGUCCAAGGGUUUCAUCCCGGGCAUCUACACCGACGCCGGUACCCUCUCGUGCGGUGGCUACCCCGGUGCUCUCGACCACGAGGAGAUUGACUGGAAGGACUUCAAGGCCUGGGGCUUCGAGUACCUGAAGAUGGACGGCUGCAACCUGCCCGACGGUGGCGAGCCCGUGUACCGCGAGGUCUACGCUCGCUGGGGGAAGCUCAUCGCCGAGGACCCGGAGGCCAUGGUCUUCUCCGACUCGGCGCCCGCCUACUUCGAGGGCCAAAAGAACCUCACCGACUGGUACACCAUCAUGGGAUGGGCGCAGAAGAUGGGUCACCUUGCGCGCCACUCGGCCGACAUCCAGACCUACCCCAAGGGCAAGUCGUGGCCCAGCAUGAUGUACAACUACGAUCAGCACGUCCGCCUCGCGCGGUACCAGAAGGUCGGCUUCUUCAACGACCCCGACUUCCUGAACGUCGACCACCCGUCGUACACGCUCGACGAGAAGAAGAGCCACUUCGCCCUGUGGUGCAGCUUCAGCGCGCCGCUCCUACUCAGCACCGACCUCACGGCCAUCACCAAGGAGGAGGUCGAGUACCUGUCCAACAAGGACCUUAUCGCGAUCAACCAGGACAAGCUCAUCCAGCAGGCCACCCUCGUCAGCCGCGACAGCAACUGGGACGUGCUGUCCAAGGAUGUCGAGAAUGGCGACCGCAUCGUCACGAUCCUCAACAAGGGCGCCUCGGCCGGCAGCCUCACGGUGUCGUGGGAGCGCGCCGGCCUGUCCACCAAGGCCCUCCGCCGCGGCAAGGACGUCACCGUCAAGGACCUGUGGACGGGCAAGACGACCAAGGUUGACGCCAAGAGCGGCGGCAUCACCGCCAGCAACGUCCCGUCGCACGGCACUGCCGUCUUCCGCAUCGCCAAGUCCGUCAGCCCCGUGACUCCCACCGGUCUCAUCUUCAACACCCUCAGCAUGAAGUGCCUCACCGACGACAAGUCUGGCAAGGUUAGCUUCAAGGCGUGCGACGGUUCCGAUGGGCAGACGUGGCAGGUGCGCCGUGACGGCCACAUCAACAGCAUCCUCCGCCCUGACGAGUGCAUCGUGGAUGCUGAGGGCAAGAUCCUCUCGCGCCACUCGGGCUGCUCCACCGACGGAUGGAGCUACGCCGUCUCUGGCAACCUGAUCAAUGGAAACUCGGCCAAUUGCCUGACCGAGGCUGCCGAUGGUACCGCGACGGCGACAAAGUGUGGCUACGAGCUGAACGAGCAGGUGGUUGCUCUGCCCAUUGGCGUGACGGUCAACGAGAAGUAGACUGGCGCGCACCUGAACGUUGCGCAAUCUUCCAUUCUUCGAGCAAGGAAAUGGCAGCGAUUUGAGACUAUUCCGUCUAGUAUACAAAAAUAAAGUCUUCGUUCUUAA